AUGAGUGAUUGUUUGAAAUAUCAAAAGCCAAACAAAACAUGCAUGACUUAUGCAAUUAUUUCACACAACAUUGAUUUUAUUACAUUCUUGAUGAAUGAAUACAAUAUAAAGAUUAAUUUAGAAUUCAGUGGAAUGUUCAAUAAUCUUGAAUCCUUUUUAGUUUAUUUCGAUCAAACUGAUGAUUUUAACAAAUGCUUUGUUUUUUCACCGAUUUUUAAUAUUCCAUCCCUUUGCGAAUAUUUCCUUUCACAUGGUGUGGAGAUCAAUGCAAAAGAUAAAUAUGGAAAAACCGUACUUUAUAUGGCAGCAUGUUAA